CAUUUGAAAUUUUGAACGAUUGAGGAAUGCCAACGGCCAAAUCUGGCCAAAUUGUUAUUGUUUUGAAAUGUUAUCUCUACAAAAGUAUUAUAUUUGAAUUAUUUAAAUUAGUUUGCCCACGGAUAAUUGUGACUAAAGUGAAGAAGUUACUGACAAAGUUCAAGUUAAACCACCAAAAUGCAGAAUACAGUGAAAAACAAGUUAUCGGAACUACAAAAUAUAAUAACUCGGAUGCCAUUAGAAGUGUUCUGUGUGGCUGCAUUACCUGAGUUCGGUGUUCGAUGGCGGGAAUUGUCCAAAGCGGUCCGUAAUGCGAGGUUGCCGAUGCAGCCGGCGAGCGUUGCGCGGGUGCUUUGCAGACACAUUUCUAAAGCUCUUACAGUUGAUGAGAUUGAAGAUAUUGUGGCUAGGUUGAGGUUGAAGUUGGUAGCCACACAGUCUCGCACGUGGCACGUGAUACGUCUGUACGAGAGGACAACAGAGGAACCUGUCAAGGUUACCAUCAGGACCAUCCCGGGACGGAUCACACAGGCUCUCCGGAAGAAUAAGAGGAGCAUGCGGCCAGACGUUCAGUCAGUCCUGCUCGGUGACCUGAUGUAUAUAAGCGUGCAGCUGGUGUCGGACCACAAGGAGGGCUCCGUCCUGUACGUGGCGACUCCGCCGGGAGAGGCGGUCGCGCUGGUGUCCAGCGUCACCAUGAUGGGCCUGCUGAAGGGGACUGUCGAAGGUCUCGGCUACAAGAGUUUUGAGAACGCAAACCUAUACGGGCGGGAUGUCAAAUCUCUCCUACAAAUAAACGACCGAGCGUGGAAUGCAAACGCCGACCAUCUGACAGAAAUACCGGAAUACGCACCAAUACCAAUUGUAACGAGCAAAGGAAUUGAUUAUACAAACAAAACUUACGACGAAAACUACGUAGACAGCCUCCUUGGUCCUAACCCACCGGUAUUAACAGAUCUUAACAUUAAAACAACUAAGUCCUUCUUCGAUCCAUCGAAUUUAGAUAAGAAUAUUAAUCUUAACGUUAGUUUGAAGUGUGAGAAUGUAGCUAAGACCCUAAAAUGCUGGGUCACGAAAGGUGCUCUAGCACCAACUUCGGACUUCUUUCAAAUAUUUCAUCAGAUCAAGUCGAAUAAAAUUAGUUAUAGUCGGGAUGAUUCUGAUUAAUGGCGUUGAUGAAGAUUGUAUGACUUCCCGCAUGUAUGCUUAAUACUGUAUAUUAAAAUGUUAAAAAACGCGACACAAUUGCAUGGAUUUUUGUCAUUCAAUUCUAGCGCUUUCUUUUGAUACCUAGCCAUAGGAAAAUUGGAAAAACCAACCACCAACUUGUGUCGGUCAUCUCAGAUCGAUUAAUCAAAUAGCUAGAAGUACUCCGAGUUUCUUUUUCACACGAAACCAAAUCGGAAUUGCUUUAUAGGAUGCUAGAAACCGAAAUGUCAAACUUAUAAAACACUCCGUGGGUUUUUACAUUAUGGCUUAAUCUGCGUUUCAACCAGAGAUAUGCGAUGGAGUUGUGGUAGUCGAGCGUGGUUAAUGCGGAGCAGAUUUGAGCGUGCAUUCGCCGUCGUAGACAGUGUCGCUCUGCCGGGCGCGACCGAGCGAUGGCGGAUGCGCCGUCUCUGCAACGGCCGCGAGAGGGCGUGCGUGGGCGCAGAAUGGCGGGGCGUACAGCCAACGCGCUGCGCCAGGAUGCACCCACUUCACGCGACUGUUUAGGGUGCGUCGCCACAGAGUAGUGUCGUGCGAGGAUGUCCGCUGAGUCGUUUCCACCAGAGCUGUGCUGACCGAGGCCAGGUUAAUGAAGCGAUUCUAUUGGUUCUUUACAAACAUAUCCCCUACACAUCGUCGCAAAUGUCUAGUGGAAACGCAACUUUAAGAGUAGUCUAAGGCGGUCGGAAAGGGAUGCAGUACGGGCAAAGUAUCACGUGUUAAAUUAAAAUAUCUACUUAAUGACUAAUUUUGAAUGUAACAUUGACAAAAGAGUUUAGAUUUUGUAAGAAUUGUGUUUAUAAUUAUGACUUGUAUUAUUAAUUAUGAUAUUGUUGAAAUAAACAGUUAUAUUACAA